AGAGGCGAAUAAUGUUAAGGAACAUGAGAUCUGACACACCGAUGGGUAGCCCGACCUUGUUUUGGGGUCUGAUGCUGUCUGUCUUCACUAUCUGCAUCUGGUCCACAUAUGGAGAAAUCUGUGGUCCGAGUAUCGACAUCCGGAAUGAGAUCAGUGAGUUCAAGCGGCUGGAGAACUGCACGGUGGUGGAGGGCUACCUACAGAUCCUCCUCAUCAACGACAAGACCAACAACAUCCACCAGGAAGUCUUCCGCUCCCUCAGCUUCCCAAAGCUGACCGUCAUCACCGACUACCUGCUGCUGUUUCGCGUCUCGGGCCUGGACAGCCUCAGCAUGCUCUUCCCUAACCUGAGUGUCAUCCGUGGGCGCAAUCUCUUCUACAACUACGCCCUGGUGAUCUACGAGAUGACCAGCCUGAAGGACAUCGGCCUGUACAACCUGAGGAACAUCACCCGGGGAGCCAUGCGGAUUGAAAAGAACCCAGAGCUCUGCUACCUGGACUCUGUGGACUGGUCACUUAUUAUGAAUGCUGAGUUCAACAACGUUAUCAAUGGGAAUAAGAAGGCAAAGGAGUGCGACAAUGUCUGCCCAGGCAUCAUGGAGGAUAACCCUCUUUGUCAGAGGACGUCGUUCAAGGACAACUAUGACUACCGCUGUUGGACCUCCAACCAGUGCCAGAAAGUAUGCCCAGAACACUGCAAGCUCGCCUGCACAGACAAGGGGGAGUGUUGCCACAGCCAGUGUCUGGGCAGCUGCUCUGAACCCAACAACGACAUGGCCUGCUCCGCCUGCCUCCACUACCACCACGAGGGUCGCUGUGUGCCAGACUGUCCCCCCGACACUUACAAGUUUGAGGGCUGGCGCUGCAUCACCAUGGACCUGUGCUCUCAAGUGCACCUGCCCGGUGACACUCACUUUGUCAUCCACGGGGGAGAAUGCAUGCCCGACUGCCCCUCUGGCUUCACACGCAACGAGACUAAUCGCAUGUUAUGCAGUGCCUGCAAUGGCCCGUGCGACAAGCCCUGCACAUCCCCAGUCAUUGACUCUGUGGAUGCUGCUCAGUCCCUGAAGGACUGCACCGUCAUCGAAGGAAAUCUGGACAUCAACAUCCGCCGUGGAAAUAACAUUGCGUCUGAGCUGGAGAGCUUCAUGGGAUUGAUCCAGCGAGUGACGGGCUAUGUGAAGAUUCGACACUCCCACGCACUUGGCUCGCUGUCCUUCCUCAAGAGCCUGCGUUACAUCAAUGGGCAGGAACUCAUCGACAACAUGUAUUCGUUCUCCGCCAUCAACAACCAGCAUCUGCAGUACCUGUGGGACUGGAAUCAGCACAACCUGACGAUCCUGAAUGGACGUCUCUUCUUUCGCCUGAACCCUAAACUCUGCAUGUCUGAGAUCCACAAAAUGUGGGAUAAGACAGGCAUAACCGUGAAGCCAGAGGAGGGUGAUUUCCGUAACAACGGCGAAAGAGCCAGCUGUGAAAGUCAUAUCUUGAAGAUCAAGUCGAACAUCACAUCAAGCCACACGAUCAGGAUGACAUGGGAGCGCUACCAGCCACCGGGCUACAGGGACCUUAUCAGCUUCAUAGUCUACUACAAAGAGUCCCCUUUCCAGAACAUCACAGAGUUUGACGGCCAGGACGGCUGUGGCUCAAACAGCUGGCACAUGGUGGAUGUGGAUCUCCCUCAGGAUGAAAACACUGACCCAAAAGUCAGUCUUCUGCACCUCAAGCCCUGGACCCAGUAUGCUAUUUUUGUGAAGGCCAUUACCCUGCAGGUGGAGGACAAACACAUCACUGGUGCAAAGAGUGAUAUAAUCUACAUUCGCACACGCCCGUCGCUGCCGUCGAUGCCCAAAGAGGCCCGUGCAUUUGCCAACUCCUCAACCAAGCUUGUGGUGAAAUGGUCCCCACCAGCUUUUCCCAACGGCAACCUGACCUACUACCUGGUCCGCUGGCAGCAGCAGCCUGAAGACAGAGAGCUCUACCAACAUAACUACUGCUCCAAAGAGCUGAAGAUCCCAAUCCGUAUCCCAGCCACGGGGCUCACAGACAUGGAAGAGAACACCAAGCCCACCAAGUCUGACCUGGCGGGGGCAGAGAAGGGCCCGUGCUGCGCUUGCCAGAAGACCCCCGAGGAGAAGGACCGGGAGAAGGACGACCGCGUCUUUUUUAAAGUUUUUGAGAACUUCCUCCACAACGCCAUCUUUCUGCCAAGACCUCCGGAUCGUCGACGCAGAGAUGUUUUUGGUGUGGCGAAUAACACAAGGUUUCAUGAGGGCGUUGGUAGGGGGAACACCACCCUUGGCCCCGGGGAUAACAGCACAGAUGGCAUUCCUCCUAUCAAGGAGUACCCUUUCUCAGAGGACAAGAGCACAGCAGAAAAUUUAGAGAUCCCCAACCUGCGGCCCUUCACCGUCUACCGCAUCGACCUCCAUGCCUGCAACGAGGAGGUGGGGCGCUGCAGUGCUGGAGCCUUCGUCUUCUCCAGGACCAAACCUGCAGUCAGAGCAGAUGACAUCCCUGGGAAGGUGGUCUACGAGAGGAGUGACAAGGUUGAGGGUUGUGUGGUGCUGCACUGGCCAGAGCCAAUCAUGCCCAACGGCCUCAUCCUGAUGUACGAGAUCAAGUUCCGUCUGGGGACUGAGCCUGAGAAACACGAGUGUGUGUCGCGGCAGCACUACCGCGAGCACAGAGGCGCUCGGCUGACCAACCUGGGCUCAGGGAAUUACUCUGCUCGUGUGCGUGCCACUUCACUAGCCGGGAACGGCUCCUGGACGGAGAGCGUGUCCUUCUACGUGCCUCCACCCAAACGAGACGAUGGUGUUACGUUCUACUUGGUCAUCAUCAUUCCCAUCAUCGUCACAGUCUUCAUUGCCAGCCUCACCACCAUUCUCUUCUUUGUGAACAAAAAGAGGAAUAGCGACAGAUUGGGGAACGGAGUCCUUUAUGCGUCCGUCAACCCAGAGUACUUCAGUGCUGCAGAGAUGUACGUCCCAGACGAGUGGGAGGUGGCCAGGGAGAAGAUCACCAUGCACAGGGAGCUGGGCCAGGGCUCGUUCGGCAUGGUGUACGAAGGCAUCGCCAAGGGAGUGGUCAAGGACGAACCUGAGACACGAGUGGCCAUCAAGACGGUCAACGAGUCGGCCAGCAUGAGGGAGCGCAUCGAGUUUUUGAACGAAGCCUCUGUCAUGAAGGAGUUCAACUGUCACCAUGUGGUGCGGCUGCUGGGCGUGGUCUCCCAGGGACAGCCAACCUUGGUGAUUAUGGAGCUAAUGACUCGUGGAGAUCUGAAGAGCCACCUGCGCUCUCUGCGCAAAGAAAACUCCACCAGCCAGGUCCUGCCCCCCCUCAAAAAGAUGAUCCAGAUGGCAGGGGAAAUCGCCGAUGGCAUGUCAUACCUAAAUGCCAACAAAUUUGUCCACAGAGAUCUGGCUGCCAGGAACUGCAUGGUAGCUGAGGACUUCACUGUGAAGAUUGGAGAUUUUGGCAUGACCAGAGAUAUUUAUGAGACGGAUUACUAUCGAAAAGGAGGGAAGGGCCUGCUGCCUGUCCGCUGGAUGUCUCCAGAGUCGCUGAAAGAUGGCGUGUUCACUACAAUGUCUGAUGUCUGGUCAUUUGGUGUCGUGCUGUGGGAGAUCGCCACCCUAGCAGAACAGCCUUACCAGGGCAUGUCCAACGAACAAGUGCUGCGCUUUGUCAUGGAGGGAGGACUCUUGGACAAACCUGACAACUGCCCUGACAUGCUGUUUGAGCUGAUGAGGAUGUGCUGGCAGUAUAACCCCAAGAUGCGUCCGUCCUUCCUGGAGAUCAUCAGCAGCAUCAAAGAUGAACUGGAUCCUCCCUUCAGGGAAAUGAGCUUCUUCUACAGCGAGGAGAACAAGCCGCCAGACACCGAGGAGCUGGACAUGGAGGUAGAAAACAUGGAGAACAUUCCACUGGACCCUGCAUCCACCAGGCAGCCGUCUGCAGCUGCCGCCGCCCCCUUGUCGGGCUGUACAGGAGGGACGCCGCCUCCCUCUACCCAGCAGUUAUCCCCCAUGCAAGGCCCGAGUACUCCAUUACUGGGACCUGUGUCUCCCUCCUCCCCGGGCCCGGUCGCCUCAGCCUUGGCGUCUCCAGGCCAGGCCUUGGACAAGCACUCAGGACAUGUUUCGGCCAACGGGCCCGUGGUGGUGUUGCGGCCCAACUUUGACGAGAUGCAACCCUAUGCACACAUGAACGGGGGCAGAAAGAACGAACGGGCGUUACCACUGCCCCAGUCGUCGGCCUGCUGAUAUCAGACCAGCCCCUCCUCCUCCUCCUCUUACACAGGGUAACACAAACCUCUCCUCCAUCUCUUACGGAGGGAUGGAUGAGGUAGGAAACGACUUUUUCUACUGUGUGCCAGUAGAUGGCCUCUCCACUCCUUUAAGGUCAAACAUGAACUCUAAAAACUGAAAAAUAGCACAGAAACCUGCUAAAGCAUUUGGAGUUUGGUGGCGCAGACUCGACACUGGGGAACUCCUUCCUGUGCAGCCUGUACUUCGGUCUUUGUUGCAUCGGUCCUUCGAGGAGGACAACAAUACAGGCUUGUAUCCUGACUUACAGAUA